AUGUUUUCAAAAAAACAACGAUCAAUGAAAAGACCUUAUAUAAUUGGUGUAAAUCACAAGCACACUGGAAAUGUAUUAAUUAGACAUAGAUUAAUUCAACAUCUUCAAAUCCUAGUAUUGGUGCUAAUAUUUCUGAUACUGCUCAUGAAAUUAUGGGUUUUAAUGUUGCCAGAUUGGGAGCCUUGGAUUAUCGCUGACUCAUCAUGUGAUAUAUGCACAAAAGAAAAUAUGCACAGACCAAUUCCACCACUACCAUUAAAGGUUAUAAAAAUGUUUAAAAGCAACGAAGCGAUAAUUAAUCACGAAGAAGAUCAAGAUGUAUCAGAUGAAAAUAAUUACGAACAAUUUCAACAAUAUAUCGAUCCUGACGAUAAUCUUGACGAAACCUACGAUAAUGAAGAGAGUGCUACUACCAUCAAUAGCAGUGAUAAUUUUUAUAUUCCCCCUUUCAAACACGAUCUCGUUAGCAAUACCGAAAAUGACGAUUAUGAUUUUACUAUAGCGACUGGUGCAAGCGAAAACCACUUUUGUCCGAUGAAGAGUUUCUUGUAUAGAAUGAGUGACGAAUUAGCCGAAUACCGUAUUCGUAUGAUCGUUUACGAUUUGGGAUUUUCCGAGAAACAAGUUGAAGAAUUGAACCGGUUAAAGGAAAGGGGUUUCUUGACAGAGUUAAGAAAAUUCAAUUAUGCAUACUAUCCAAGUUUCUUUAACAUCACCAUAUCAAGAGGUGAAUAUGCUUGGAAGCCUGCAAUAGUAGCCGAAAUUUCACGUGACUACCCUGGAUUGAUAUUAACUUGGUUGGAUAGUGGUACUUUUGUCGAUAAAUCAUACUUUAGACUUGCUGCGCACACAACUUUUGAUUGUUUGUGGCCAUCUGAUAAUAAUAUCAAAUGGUGUAAAAGACUUGAUCAAGCCCCCGAACCUGUUUCUAGUUUGUCGUAUGAGAACUAUCUUUACAAAUCAUCGUUUAUCGACAUUAAUAUAGCAUCACAUUUCAAUAAUGAUUAG